CCGGAAGCUUCAAGCUCUCCAUUCUCUGCACUGCCCAGAGUCCUUCCUGUUUUAAGAAAUUUCGAGGAAGCAGAAGCAACUGGAUAGUCGCAUAUACUGAUGGCUGCAUCUGAGUGACCUUUGGGAAGGGAGGACCCAUGCUCUCUCAUCUUUGUGCUGCUACACCAGCUCUGUACAUCUUGUGGAUCACUAUGGCCAAGAUAGCAGGCCAGGAGGACAGAGAGAAAACUACUGCACUCAAAGAUUUGCUGUCAAGAAUAGACUUAGAUGAACUGAUGAAGAAAGAUGAACCUCCUUUCACUUUCCCCAAAACACUGGAGGAGUUUGAAUAUGCCUUCAAUGAAUAUGGCCAGCUCAGACACAUAAAAACGGGAGAGCACUUUGUAUUUAAUGCCAGAGAGGAUCUCCACCGCUGGAACCAGAAACGCUAUGAAGCUCUUGGAGAGAUCAUCACUCAGUAUGUUUAUGAGCUGUUGGAGAAAAAGUGCAACAUGACUAAAGCAAUCCUGCCAGUGGAUGCUACAGAAGAUGAACCCACCAGUUUUAUCUACCUGAGCCCAGAUGCCUUGUCCAACCCUUCCAAACUGCUGGUGCUGAUCCAGGGCAGUGGCGUGGUGCGGGCUGGUCAGUGGGCCCGUAGACUCAUCAUCAAUCAGGACCUGGACUCAGGGACACAAAUCCCCUUCAUCACCAGAGCCAUGGAGGAGGGCUACGGUGUAAUGGUGCUCAACCCUAACGAGAACUACCUGGAGGUGGAGAAGCCAGCCAUGUCCUCUCCCCUGCCCUCUGCUACUGAACCCCUGGACGAACCUGCUGAAAAGAGGGAACGCAAAGAUGAUAAAGAGGGCAAAAAGAAGAGAGAAUUUUAUGAGAAGUACCGUAACCCACAGAAGGAAACAGAGACCGAACAGAUCCCUAUACGGGAAAAUAGUUCCUCUGAGGAACACGUGCUGUACGUGUGGGACCACUUUGUGUCCAAAGCUGCAGCCAAGAAUAUCUUCAUCAUGGCCCACAGCUACGGAGGGCUGUCUUUCGUUGAGCUGAUGAAUCAGAGGGAAAUGCAGGUGAAGAACAGAGUGUGUGCCGUGGCUCUAACUGACUCGGCUCACAACAUCUGGCUACAGGAGACCAGCAAAGGCACGCAGGACUGGAUGCAGCAGCACUGUUGUAACUGGGUAUCGAGUCCAGAGCCCCUGGACACACCACUGGAUCCUAUGCUGCCAGACUGCCCACAAGUCUCUGCAGGCACAGAGCGGCAUGAGCUGACCUCCUGGAUGAGUUUCAACACCAUCUUCAGAUUCUUCAGUAAGGUCCUGGAGGCGAAAGAGGAUGAGGAGGCGGAGGAGACCUCCAACACUGUCACUACGCGCAGCAGCUCCCUCAAAAACAAACACCAAGAUUUGUAGAGGACUGACAGAAAUGAACAAGAGGAGCGGGAGGCUAAGGUUCCAGAUCCUCUCUGCACUUUUUUCCCUCUCCAAACUCCCUCGUUCUUCCUGUCCUCCGUCUUCUUCCUGAGUGUCAUUUCUCCCUUCCAGGUCUCCCUGGCGGUGCACACACAGGGCCUUGUUGUUGUAAGAGACAAAAGUACAGGGUCACCAUGUAUACAUCACAAUAACGUUUUGCAUUACUUCUAGAUGAGCGCAACUGUCAAAGCAAUAUGGGCCUGAGUGUUAGCGCUUCCCGUGGGCUGUGGCCUGGCUGCGGGUACGGGCCACGGCAGCAGAGAUUAAGGCUGACAGGCGCUGUGCACAAUGCGCUGUGGUGCACCUCUAAUUGUCCUGACAUCAGCCUGAACUGAGCUAAUGCCCCGCCUGCCCUCAAGUCUGCACUGCUCAGUCUCUCCCUCCUCUCCCUCCUCUCCCUCCUCUCCCUCCUCUUC